CUUCAAGAAAGGGAUUUACCAAAGAAAAGAACUUUAACAAAUGGGAUUAGUGUGGUCAUGGGGUGUGAUGUGCGUGUUAAACAGAAAGGUUGAUGAACAAAGUAGGUGAUCAAACUGUACUUAAGUCGCCAUGGUGGUUCACUGUGCUUGUAUUGUGACAAAAUUGUCCAAAAGCUGAACUUUACAGAAGGUUGUAAGUUUCUUAGUAGUUUCUAAGCUGACACAACACUAUUCUUUUUACUGCUAUGCAUGUGUGAAAUUAUUUGAAAUGUGGAUUUAUUCGCAAACAGAAGGGAAGUAGUAGCAGUGGUGUUUCUUUUAAUCAAGAGCUAUGCUGCCCCCUCGCGGACGGAGUUGUCAACUGCCAGAGCUGGUUUCCAUAUCAACAGCUGUUCCCAAGCUAAGCAACUGUGUCAGUAACAGGUGACCGUUGUUGUCCUUAACAUGGCUCCUAACGAUCACCAGUCGUAGAUAAUAAAAGAAAUAAUUAGACGACCAACAUCCAUAGAGAAAUGAUGGCUGGAAAAGGCGGCUUGGUGAAGCUGGACGUCGGUGUUUUAAGCCCCGAGCAGCAAGAAACACUGCGACAGUUCAAAAUCAAGACGAGAAUCGACAACGAGAAGUAUUUGAGGUCGCAUCCAGAAGUAGAGGUGCUGAUAGGCGACUUUCUAAGAGAUGUGCUUCUCAAAAGGCCUGCUGACAUCCGUGAGUUUGCUGCAGAUCACUUCACCAACCCAAACCUUCAUGCGACUAUUGGCUCCAAAAUGGAAGACAACUGUGAAAUAGAGUGAAACAUACUCAACAGUCAUGGCACGGCAAGCUUCUCCUCUGUAUAUUUCUCUGUACGGAGCAACACAUGUAUGGACCCUUAAUCAGUAACAACGAAGAUGUUAAUAAGUUUGUGUUUGUCCACUAAGUUGAUAGCCUUAUUGUCAGAUUGCUAUAUAUAUAUGCAGUAAGAGAGCAAACUGGGGAAGCUGGUAGCAACUGUUCCUGAUGACUGUGAUUAAAAGCUAAUGAGAAGAGGAAGUCCUGUGGGUAUUACACACACUGUUUGUCACAUCAUCCACAUGAUUAUGUAGGAACAUACUGUAUUGAAGAGUUAAUUGUAGCCUGUGUGCUUGAGCUGAGUUCACAUACUGUAAUCUGAAUUCAUCUGAUAUGGGCAGUGUCCACUCAACAGUAUGGAUAACUCAGAACACAGCUUGUUGUCCAGAAAUAAUAUUUACGUCACUCAUUUAUCACAGACUCUUCUUUUAAACAAUUUAAACAGUUUUACUUCUCUUUUUUUAUUUAUUUUUUUUUAUUCAUGGUCCAGUGUUUUUUCAAAUUUGUUUGUUUGUUUUUUCUUUUUCCCCUUUUUUAUAGACAUAUACAUUUUGAUUGUUCCACUGGAACAUUAGAUCCGCAUUUGUAUGUAAAAUGAAAUAAUAAAUGAAUGAAACAUACAUUUGUAGAGUCUCACAUUAGAAGAGUUUCUCUAAUGAAACUCACCUCUUUUGGAGAAAAUGUCAACCAAUAUCAAAUAACUGUACCUUGUCCCUCUUCUGCAAUGGUUCUAACAUUCAAAUGCAGUCAUUACCAUUUGGUGUUCUCUUUGGUGAGUAUGAAUAGAGAUUUUACUUUGUGGUUACCUUUGUUUGUUUGUUUUGGAUACAUAAUUCUGUUCAGACAAUGCAGGUCUGUAAUGGGUUGAAAUGUGUGGGCUUUAAGAGCCCAACCAGCUUUUCCAGCUUUCAUUUGAAAUGAUGUAUGAGCUGAGGAAUAAUCAUUACAUCCUUGUAUAUAUAUAUAUAUAUAUAACCUCAAAAAUAAAUACACCACUGCUCCUGAAAUCAA